AUGGCGUGCGGUUGUUCGGCGGGCGGCGGCUUCGGCGCAGCUGCGCGUGGUGAGCCGCGCGCUCCGCGGCAGGCCUGGGUGCAGGCCCAGACAUGGCCGCGCCCAGGGGGCGCGGGGGCGCAUGUGGCGCCGUCCGACAACGACGUUGCCGCGGUCCGUAUCUGUGUGGCGAGCGUGGUGAACGCGAGGAGUGUGCAGGGGUCUGGACAAGCAGUCGGCCCCGCGGCGUGGUGCACGGCGGCGCCCGUCUUCGUUCGAGGCGCAGCGGCCCGCCCCAUCGGGGUCGGGGCCGACGUCUUCAAGUUGUUAGCGUGCCCGACGGGGGUGGGGCCCCAGAUGCAUGCAUAG